AUGGCUACGGAAGUGAGGACGCAAUUGGCGGAGCACCCACUGACGAGGCCAAGGACUGAGCCAAAACCCGAGAAGUCAGGGUGCUGGCCAAGGAGCCACGCGGACGGCGGGCCACAGAAAGAACUGAGGAUCCCAGGGAUUGUGGAUUUCAGGCUGAUCCGAGAGGAACUGAGGACCUCCAAGCCCCAAACGCCCGGUGCCCACCGCUUCGGCCACCUCAGCCAUCACUCCUUCUUCUCCCGGCACCACCCCCAUCCCCAGCACGUGACCCACAUCCAAGAUCUCACCGGGAAGCCUGUCUGUGUUGUCAGGGACGAGUUCUCUCUGGCCGCCUCACGUCAAGCCACACUCUUACCCCGCUCUCUGAUCGGGAUGCCCACCAUCUCGGUCCCCAUUGGAGACCCGCAGUCCAAUCGGGAUCCCUGGCUUGCUUCUGAGGCCUGGAAGAAGGAGUUGAAAGACCUGGCUUCCCGGGUGGCCAUCUUCACCAAGGAGAACGCGCUGAAGAGCAAGGAGGGGCAGGAGCAGAAGGAGGAGCCUCAGCGGGAGAAUGGGGCAAAGUACUCAGCAGAGACUGGUAGGCUCAUCCCUGCUUCCUCCCGGGCCACGGCCCGCCGCCACUCCCGCCAGGGCGUACGAAACCACUCUCCGAGCACAGGUGGAGGAGACCAGACCUUCAUCCUACAGGAUCAGGAGUUGCUGAUCCUGGAGCUGCUUUCUCAAAUCCUGCAAACAGACUCCUUGAAUACUAUCCGGUUCUGGCUACUCUACGCGCCCCCCAAGGAGAAAGACAGGGCACUAGGCCUCCUGCAGACAGCAGUGGCUCAGCUCCUUCCCCAGGCCCUAGUCUCCAUCCCAUCAGAGAAACUCCUGAACCAGCUCCAGGAAAUUCAAGAACCACUUCAAGAGAGGCAACAGCUACCCUACAGCCAAUCCCUGAAGAAGACAAAGACGCCACCUCUAUCAAAAAGCGAAAAACCAGAGAACCCUGGGAAAGCACAACUUCUUCGCGUGCACUCCAGCCAGAACCCAGAAGAGAAGGCGGCAAAGCCAAAGGGGACACGGGUUCGUGCCCUGGUCCGGGAAGAUCCCACAUGCCGCGGAGCAACUAAGCUCGCGUGCCACAACUACUGAGCCUGUGCUCUAGAGCCCGUGAGCCACAACUACUGAGCCCACGUGCUGCAGCUACUGAAGCCCACGCGCCUAGAGCCCGUGCUCCGCAACAAGAGAAGCCACCGCAAUGAGAAGCCCGCGCACCGCAACGAAGAGUAGCCCCCACUCGCCGCAACUAGAGAAAGCCCGUGCACAGCAACGAA